UGUGAGGCGUAUUAGAAUCACCGUGUUGAACACACGAUGUAAACACUGACGCACGGAGCAGCAGCGACGUUUUUUUUGCAGGGUUUUGCGCCAGCUGCGGCGGAUCAGGGGGCGCGACAGUGUAUUUCGUGUGCCAUGGCGUCUCCUCUGAUGAGUCUGGGUCAAGACGAUAACAGGUACCAGAAAUCCUUCCAGCUUUUCCUGGAGCGCUCCUCUGAGCAUCAGUGUAUGCAGGACUUCAUCCACCGUCAGCUGCCAGAGAUACUGGCCAGUAUUGGAGAUGGAAAGUCCCAUCUAAAUGUCAUUGGAGUAGGAAGUGGAGCAGGUACCAUUGACCUUGAGAUGCUCUCUGUGCUGCGGCUGAAGCACCCAGCAGUGACUGUGGAGAACGAAGUGGUGGAGCCGAGCAGCCAGCAGCUACAUAACUACAGAGUUUCGGUGGCACAGAAACCAGAACUAGAUUACAUUAAAUUUACCUGGAACAAGAUGACUGCCAGUGAGUUUGAGGAGGCCUGGAAAGUGAAAAAGUUGACAAAGAGAGCUGACUUCAUCCACAUGAUACAGAUGCUGUACUAUGUGAAGGAUCCUGGAGCUACCAUCAGCUUCUUCCAGAGUCUCCUUGAUAAGAAUGGGAAGCUUCUUAUCAUCUUAGUGUCUGGGGAGAGUGGUUGGGGGAGGCUGUGGCGGACCUACAGGCACCAGCUCUGCAAUACAGAAAUUAGUCAGUGUGUUACCACGGGAGACAUCAAAAGCUUCCUGGACUCCACGGGAGUCAGCUACCAGAGCUACGAGCUGCCGUCUCAAAUGGAUAUCACCGAGUGUUUCACUGAAGGGGAUGAGAAGGGAGAGCUGCUGCUUGAUUUUCUCACUGAGGUGCUGGACUUCAGUAAGACAGCUUCACCUGAGCUGAGGGCUGGAGUCCUGCAGUUGCUCCGACACCCAGACUGUAGUGUGGAGUCCGACGGCAAAGUUAUUUUUAACAACAACCUCGGAGUGAUCGUGAUAGAUCCACUUUGUUAAUCAGUCAGGAGAGUGUUUGUCUUUUCUUCUUUUUUUUCCCAUUGUCAGAGUCCCGUCAAAUUCUUCAACAAUGUGAAUCUCAGAGUUUUAUUCUGCUUUUGAUUUCCAUCGUCAUGUCAUUUUAAUGAAUUACACUUGGCAGGCUUCGCUGGCAACACCAUCGCACGGCUGCUCUCGUUGGAUCAUAAUGCUUUGGAAAUAAAAAAACUAAUGAAAAAAAAUAACAUUUAAUAGUUGCAUGGAGACUAAACUGUUCAUUUUAUGUUCCACUUAGGAGGAAUGGCCUGGACGUGCUUUAAAAUAUAGCUGUUAUUGAAUGUGCAAUGAAAGUUUUGUUUAUAUAUAUAUAUAUAUAUAUAUAUAUAUAAAUAUAUAUAAAUGAUUGUCUUAAGAUCAUUAACCUCCACUUCUCAGUCAUUUAAAGGCUCAAAUGCAUCUACCAGUGAAGUUCAGUAGUUUUUUUUGUGUAACAAAUGGAUAAUUGUGCACAAUAAAAACUAACUCUAGUCCAAAAAUGUUAUGUAUCUUCAUGUCUCGCAUGUAUGUACAGUUUAUAAAAUGCACAGCAGGUGUUUGGUGUCACCAUGAACAUUUAUUCCUGAUUUAGCUGUAGUGUUGGUGCCAUCUUGAGGACAGCUUUAGUAAAUGAACUGUAAAAUAUAGGAGUGGUUAUGUAAAGAUAGAGAUUGAGCGGUCCAAAUUAAGAUGCACAUCUAGUCCCUAAGUUCAUUAAUAAUAAUAAUAAUAAUUAUUAUAAUGAUGUGUGAUUAUCUCCAGCUUUAGCAGGCUAUUGAAUUGUUUUUUUGAAGGCUGUGUUGACACAAAGUUUUCUCCUACAGUCGAUGGCAGCUCGGGCUCACUUACAGGGUGAUGUUUGUAAAGAAGGUGAAAUAUUAAACUCCAAAAAUCUCACA